AUGCCGGCGGCUGUCCAUACGUUUGACAGCGACGACGACGACGAAUUCGACGGCCCAACCUCCUUCAAGCGGCCGAGUGCCUCUCUGAAGCAAAACAACAUGCCCACCCCCUCAUCAGGAAACGCACAACAUUGCCACAAGAGUAGAUUGAAAAGACCUCAUGUGGAAGAUGUCCUCAUGUCGGAUACCGAUGAUUCAGACGACGACAUACCACUUGCAUUGAGGAAAAAGGCCGAUGACAGGAAAUUCAAGAUAAUCAACACAUGUAGUGCCGAUGCAGAUUAUUCAGAAGAUGACGAGAAACCACUCUCCGCAAGGUUGUUCAAAGACGCCGCUUCACCAAGUGGGGGCAGCGCCUCCGAUGAUGAUGAUUCAGAUGAUGAUAAACCAUUGGCUGCCCGUUUUUCACCCGUUGCUCGGAAUUCCGUGGACAUGCCGAUCAAACCUAACAACAAGGCGUUGAACACUAGUGCAAGUAGUGCUCCCCGAAAUUCAGUCAAGAGGCCAUGUGAUAGCAAUAUUCAGCCUAGUUCAGCUCUUAAGAAGGCAAAGUGUACAGACAGUUCUGCCUCUGCAAUUUCAGAGGAUGAUGGAAGUGACAACGUACCUCUCGCACGAAGGCUGACAGUCGGUGAGCCUUCAAAAAGAAAGCCGCCUGCAAAGGAUAUUGCGAAGAAGAAGAAAAAGAAGAGUCCUUCAUCUUCUAAGGACAACCAGAAGGUAGUAAAAAGGAAAACAAAGAAACUAAUGAGAAAUUCCCGGUCCUCAAAGGCAACGAAGGUCCGUGAAGUGUCUGGCGGUGGGAAGAAAUGGUCUACUUUGGUGCACAAUGGUGUUAUCUUCCCCCCUCCGUACAAGCCGCAUGGUGUCAAGAUGCUUUACAAUGGAAAACCUGUUGAUCUGACCCCAGAACAGGAGGAGGUUGCAACCAUGUUUGCUGUGAUGAAAGACACUGAGUAUGCGUCCAAGGAAACAUUUAUCAACAACUUCUUCACCGACUGGAGUAAAAUUCUUGGUAAAACCCAUACUAUCAAAAAGUUCGAGCUUUGUGAUUUCUCACCGAUCUAUGAAUGGCACCUCCAAGAGAAGGAGAAGAAAACACAGAUGACUUCAGAGGAGAAGAAAGCAUUGCGGGAAGAGAAAGAGAAACAAGAGAAGAAAUUUAUGUGGGCUUCCGUAGACGGUGUUGAAGAGAAGGUUGGUAAUUUCAGAGUAGAACCACCUGGCUUGUUCAGGGGACGUGGAGAGCAUCCUAAGAUGGGAAGACUGAAGCGACGCAUCCGACCAAGUGAUAUUACAAUAAACAUUGGAGAAGAGGCUCCAGUCCCAGUGUGUCCUAUACCUGGAGAAAGCUGGAAAGAAGUUAAACAUGACAAUACUGUUACAUGGUUGGCCUUUUGGAAUGAUCUGAUAAACCAAAAGGAUUUCAAGUAUGUUUUCCUGGCGGCAAGCAGCUCCCUAAAGGGGCAAAGCGACAAGGAGAAAUAUGAGAAGGCCCGGAAGCUGAAGGAUCACAUAAAAAAUAUUCGUGCAAAUUACACCAAGGAUUUCAGGAGCAAAGAGCAGGUGAAGAAACAAAUUUCAGUGGCGACAUACCUUAUAGAUAAACUAGCCCUUAGGGCAGGGAAUGAAAAGGAUGACGAUGAGGCCGAUACUGUUGGUUGUUGUACGCUGAAGGUUGAAAAUGUUGCCUGUCUGCCUCCAAACAAGUUGCAGUUUGACUUCCUUGGUAAAGAUUCUAUAAGAUACUUGAACACUGUAGAGGUUGAACCACCUGUAUACGAGGCGAUUAAGGAAUUCUGUGCAGGUAAAAAUAAAGGUGGGCAUGUCUUUGACAAGCUUGAUACAACUAAACUAAAUGCUCAUCUCAAGGACUUAAUGCCUGGCCUUACUGCAAAAGUCUUCCGUACAUAUAACGCUUCCAUCACUUUGGACAAAAUCUUGAAUGAACAAACAAAAGAUGGGAGCCUUCUUGAAAAAAUUAAUGUCUACUCCCGAGCAAACAAACAGGUUGCCAUAAUCUGUAACCAUCAGCGUGCCGUCCCAAAAUCACAUGAUUCCCAGAUGACAAAGUUGAAUGAAAAGAUUGAUGAAUUAAAGGCCCAGAGGGAUGAAUGGAAAGCAGACUUAGUGAGAGCGAAGAAAGGAAAGCGUCUAGCCAGUGAUGAAGAUGGGAAGCGAAAGAGAAAAUUGACCCCUGAAGUGUUGGAGAUUAAGAUCUCUAAGAUUGAAGCCAAGAUAAAGGAAAUAGAUAUCACUAAGACGAACAGAGAGGAGUUGAAGACAGUAGCACUAGGAACAUCAAAGAUUAAUUACCUUGAUCCUAGAAUCACUGUGGCGUGGUGCAAAACCCAUGAAGUUCCUAUUGAGAAGGUAUUACACUGUUUUUGUGUGUGUGCAGAUCUUCAGCAAGACGAUUCUCGCGAAAUUUGGAUGGGCGAUGGAUGCCAACCCAGAUUUCAGAUUCUAAGGGAUGCCUGGCCAGUCAGUAAAUUCGAACAAUCUUCCAGACCCCUUAUCCCCGACCGCAAUCGGAGCUAG